AUGUCAGGGCGGGAUUGCAGCUUUGCAUCCCAAGCCUCGCCAGAGAACCGCUCGACAUCUGGUGCAUCUUCUCAUGAGCGGUCCAUAAGCCCAGGCGACAACCAUAGCCAAGGUGGUUUUACGCUCCACCAUGCCACCCCCUUAACUGCCACCUCCAUUUCCAAUUCCGACUCGCCGGAACCACCAAGUAUCAACAAAACCAACAACCACCAAGACCUGACACUUGAUGGGGCUAUCAACUUCAACCACAUGGAACUUCUCAUCCACGCGAUCCACGACAAGGAGCUGUUCAACCUCGGCGACCGCGUUAGCGACUACUCGGCCAGCAUGUCACUCGCCCUCAAGAGAGGCCUCAAGUCGCCAUAUCUUUUGCAUCAGCUGCUGGCGUUCUCCGCCCGCCACCUAGCAUUCCUGCAUCCUGAGUGUUCCGCCUCCUACUUCCACCAGGCCGUCGCCUUGCAAACUCGCGCCGUCUCACUCUUCAACGCCGCCUGGACCGGGGUAGACGAGUCCAACUGCGUCGCCAUACUCCUCUUCUCGGUAGCUCUAGGGCACCACCUCCUCGCCGACACCCUCGCCAAGCGGGAUCCGGGCGGUUUGGAGGGAUUCAUGACCCAUUACGUGCAGUGUAUGGAGAUGCACAGGGGCAUCCACACCAUAGCCACAACCGCGUGGCCACAGCUGAUGGAGUCGGAGCUCGAGUCGGUCCUGUCGUUCAGCUCGGGGUUCGCUUCGAGGAAGCCAAGAGGUAACCAGUGCCAGCGGAUCAGGGAGCUGGUGGACGGCGCGGACGGGCUGGUGGAGGAGGAUAAGGAGACAUGUCGGCUGGCUAUUCGGUACCUGCAGGUCGGGUUCGAUGCGCUGUUGGCGGAGGAGGAGGAGCAGGGAAACCGAUACCAGAUGAUCUUCGCGUGGACGAUGCUGGCGCCGCCAGAGUUCACAGGCUUGUUGGCUGCUAAACGCCCCGAAGUUUUGGUCCUGCUGGGGUAUUAUGCCUUGUUGCUGCAUUACGGAAGGGACAUGUGGCAGGUUGGGGACGCAGGGGCGUACAUAUUGGGAAUUAUCGUGGACUAUCUCGACCCUAAGUGGCAUCAUUGGCUGGAAUAUCCACGGGAAAUGGUAGUUAACGUUCUCGGACACUAA